UUUGGCUGUGUAACGUGUAAUUUACAGGCAGCAGUUUUUGUUUUAAAUAAGUCAUGCAGCGAUACAUCACAGCUGUAAUUAAAUCGUUAUUGUCCGCGUGCUUGGAGUAUCACGUGAUUUCUGAUGCUGUACCGCGAGAUUUUGUUGACGUCACUUUUAGCGCGGAGUUUGUUGUUGGCGGAGACGCUUCAAUACGAAAGUCUGUACAAAGUUCUUCAGCCACCGCCAGAGCGGAAUAUAAACCUGUAAUUGAUGUUUCACCGGUAGAGAUGUUGGUCGGGGCUGUAUAGUGACUUUAUGAGGCGUUAAUUUGAGACUCUUUUGGACUUUACAACCAACUGAAGCGAUGGAGUUUUUUCCUGCCUGCGCUGAGCCCAGCACAGACGGAUGCCUUAUAGAACCUGACAGAGGUCACAAGAAACGGAAAAUCUCCCCGGACGUGGAGAUGGACGUUGAGUUUCUUUACAAAGCUGUUCCUCAGCUAGCCAAGGUUUUCCGCAUUAUAGACAAAAUUGGAGAAGGUACGUUCAGCUCAGUAUACUUGGGUGAGACGCAGAUGCGAGAUGGGAGGAGAGAGAUGUUUGCACUGAAGCAUCUCAUCCCAACAAGCCAUCCCACACGGAUUGCUGCUGAGCUUCAGUGUCUCACUGUUGCAGGAGGCAGAGAGAAUGUGAUGGGAGUGACAUACUGCUUCAGGAAGGAGGACCAUGUGGUGAUUGUAAUGCCCUACAUGGAGCAUCAAGCCAUUGUUGACAUCAUUGGGUCGCUAACUUUUGAAGAGGUCCGCCUGUACAUCUACCACCUGUUAAAGGCUCUGAAACACAUCCACCAGUUUGGCAUAAUUCAUCGAGACAUCAAGCCAAACAAUUUCCUCUACAACAGAAAGAGCAAAAUGUACGCACUGGUGGAUUUCGGCCUGGCACAGGGUACAGCUGACACCCAGAUUGAGCUAUUGAAGGUGGUGAGAAAGAGACCAUCACAGAAAGGUGGAGGGUCCACAGGGAAACAAGUGGCUGCACAGCGGAGCAAAGCACCGCCUAAACUCUCUUCAAAAACCACAACAGUCUCCACCUCUCUUCCACUGCCUGCAUGGCAGCAAAUACACCCAACAAAUUCCUCCGCAUCUUCCUCCACCACCACAUCUUCUUCAACCUCUCGAAAAGCACUGAUUAAAAAAGCACAUUCUGCUACCACCACUGUGACCACUUCUCGCACAAAGCCCACAAAGGAUUUGAUAGAGCUACGCAAAGCGCCACGGACUGUGUUUGGAGAGAGGAACCUGAACAGCUGCACACCAGCUCUCUCCAACACCAAACACGCUGCCAUUAGGACAGAGCUGGUAAAACCAAGUAAAACAGAGGACGCAGCCAGCCGUAAGUACUCUUCAGCCACCCUGCCUGUCAGGACCCAGAGCAGCAGUCAGAGACCCGUACAGCGAGGCCUAACCUGUAACUGCUACUUCACUGAUCGGGUCUGCAACGUCUGCUUGUCCAGAAAGUCGCAGGUGGCGCCCAGGGCAGGAACUCCAGGGUUUAGAGCACCAGAAGUCCUCACAAAGUGUCCCAACCAAGGCACGGCCAUAGACGUGUGGUCAGCUGGUGUGAUCCUGCUCUCACUGCUCAGUGGCCGUUACCCGUUCUUUAAGGCCACCGAUGACAUGAUUGCGCUCGUUCAGAUCAUGACCCUACGAGGCUCCAGAGAGACCAUCAAGGCUGGCAAGUCGUUCGGUAAAGCGGUGGUGUGCAGUCGGGAGCUCCCUCGACAGGACCUCAGGACCCUGUGUGAGACGCUCAGAGGAUUGAGGCCAUCGCCAGAUAACAAAGUCACACCACUUCCUGAGGCUACGGCAGAUUCCACUGACACUCAUCAUCACAAGAUCCAAGAUGAUACGCCUACACACCGUCCAACUGAAAGAACACUCAAACCACACAAAAAGGAAGCAGAUGAAACUCCUGCAGAACUCUUGUGUAGUCAAACGAUCAAGCACAAACAUUCAGGUGGUAAUGACACCGCAACUCGCCUUCCAAAGCAGGAAAAGGUGGAAGAGGAGGAGGAUGAGCGUGGCUGGGACAGAGUUCCCGAUGCGGCUUACGACCUGCUGGAUAAGCUGCUGGAUCUGAACCCUUCCACCAGGAUCACAGCUGCUCAGGCUCUUCAACACCCGCUGUUCAAAGACCUGUGAGACUGUGCUGUGAGAGCACCAGGAACCAGUAAAACUAUGAUGUCUUAGGCUGUGGUUCAGGUGCAGAAAAGGCACGUGAGCAUGAGAGAGAACGUUCACUCCUUGUAAUGUGCUGCAGUUUUCCCCCCUCCCAUCAGCCGUCUUUAAAAAACGCUCCUACUUAAAUGUAAAUGUUUAUAUAAAAUAGGUUUGGCUUCGUGGUUGACACGGUGCACUUCAAAGUAAAAAUUUCUUAUAUUCACAGCAGCUAUGAUGUAGUCUAAAGAACUGUGAAGAAGGGAAUUUUAAAAUGGUGGAAACAUCGCAGAUAUUGCUAUAACUCUUGACCUUUUAAAGAGGGAAUAAUCCAUAUUUUGUUUACAGUUAUCACUGCCAUAAAGGCUUUUAAUUUGAAGGUGCAUAUCUGUAUCCUGUGAGUGUGUGAAUUCUGCUUCAUUACUGUGUGCAUGUCUGAGUUUGGUUUAUUUAUGUAAAACACCGAAGUGUCAACAGUUUUUCCCAGUUCAGGUUAAUAAUAAAGGCAAAAACUAAA